AUGCUGCGAGGCGGACGGCGCUGGCAGCUCGGCUGGCACAGCCAGGCGACGGGGCCGGGCACCCUGCUGGCGUGGCUGAUGCUGGCGUCCGCAGGUGCCGCGCUCUGCCCCGAAGUCUGUUGCCCCCGCGGCCCCUCGGGGCUGCUCUGCACCCGUCCUGGAGCCCUGGACAGGCUCCGCCACCUGCCGGGCAUCGAGAACUUGACAGAGCUCUACCUGGAGAACCAGAACCUGCAGCAUCUGACGCUCGGUGACCUGAGGGGCCUGCGGGAGCUGAGAAACCUCACCAUCGUGAACAGUGGCCUCCGAUCCGUGGCGACAGAUGCCUUCCGCUUCACUCCCCGGCUGAGUCGCCUGAAUCUCUCCUUUAAUGCUCUGGAGUCUCUCUCCUGGAAAACCGUGCAGGGCCUCCCUUUACAGGAACUGGUCCUGUCGGGGAACUCUCUGCGCUGCUCCUGUGCCCUGCGCUGGCUGCAGCGCUGGGAGGAGGAGGGGCUGGCCGGCGUGCAGGAACAGAAGCUGCGGUGCUCCGAGUCAGAGCCCCUUGCCCUCAUGCCCAACGCCAGCUGCGGUGUGCCCACGCUGAAGGUCCAGAUGCCCAAUGGCUCGGUGGACGUAGGGGACAGUGUGUUCCUGCAGUGCCAGGUGGAGGGGCAGGGCCUGGAGAAAGCUGGCUGGAGCCUCACGGAGCUGGAGGAGCUGGCCACAGUGAUGAAAUCUGAGGAUCUGCCCACCCUGAGGCUGACUCUGGCCAAUGUCACCAGUGACCUUAACAGGAAGAACGUGACCUGCUGGGCGGAGAAUGAUGUGGGCCGGACCGAGGUCUCCGUUCAGGUCAACGUCUCCUUCCCGGCCAGCGUGCAGCUGCACAUGGCGGUGGAGAUGCACCACUGGUGCAUCCCCUUCUCCGUGGAUGGCCAGCCGGCCCCCUCCCUGCACUGGCUCUUCAACGGCUCCGUGCUCAACGAGACCAGCUUCAUCUUCACCGAGUUCCUGGAGCCAGCAGCCAAUGAGACCAUGCGGCACGGCUGCCUGCGCCUCAACCAGCCCACCCACGUCAACAAUGGCAACUACACGCUGCUGGCCACCAACCCCUCGGGCCAGGCCGCUGCCUCCAUCAUGGCUGCCUUCAUGGACAACCCUUUCGAGUUCAACCCUGAGGACCCCAUCCCUGUUUCCUUCUCGCCAGUGGACGCCAACAGCACCUCUGGAGACCCGGUGGAGAAAAAGGACGAAACGCCUUUUGGGGUCUCCGUGGCUGUGGGCCUGGCUGUCUUUGCCUGCCUUUUCCUUUCCACGCUGCUCCUUGUCCUCAACAAAUGUGGACGGAGAAACAAGUUUGGGAUCAACCGGCCUGCGGUGCUGGCUCCAGAAGAUGGACUGGCCAUGUCCCUGCAUUUCAUGACAUUGGGUGGCAGCUCUCUGUCCCCUACUGACGGCAAAGGCUCCGGGCUCCAAGGCCACAUCAUUGAGAACCCACAGUACUUCAGCGAUGCCUGUGUCCAUCAUAUUAAACGGCGGGACAUCGUGCUCAAGUGGGAGCUGGGCGAGGGCGCCUUUGGGAAGGUCUUCCUGGCCGAGUGCCACCACCUGCUGCCCGAGCAGGACAAGACGCUGGUGGCAGUCAAGGCGCUGAAGGAGGCGUCGGAGAGCGCGCGGCAGGACUUCCAGCGCGAGGCCGAGCUGCUCACCAUGCUGCGGCACCAGCACAUCGUGCGCUUCUUCGGCGUGUGCACCGAGGGCCGCCCGCUGCUCAUGGUCUUUGAGUACAUGCGGCACGGAGACCUCAACCGCUUCCUCCGCUCCCAUGGGCCUGAUGCCAAGCUGCUGGCUGGUGGGGAGGACGUGGCCCCAGGUCCCCUGCGCCUGGGCCAGCUGCUGGCCGUGGCCAGCCAGGUGGCCGCGGGGAUGGUGUACUUGGCCGGUCUGCACUUCGUGCACCGGGAUCUGGCCACUCGCAACUGCCUGGUGGGUCAGGGGCUCGUGGUCAAGAUUGGUGAUUUCGGCAUGAGCAGAGAUAUCUACAGCACCGACUACUACCGCGUGGGAGGCCGCACCAUGCUGCCCAUCCGCUGGAUGCCGCCCGAGAGCAUCCUCUACCGCAAGUUCAGCACGGAGAGCGACGUGUGGAGCUUUGGCGUGGUGCUCUGGGAGAUCUUCACCUAUGGCAAGCAGCCCUGGUACCAGCUCUCCAACACCGAGGUGAUCGAGUGCAUCACGAAGGGACGUGAGCUGGAGCGGCCGCGUGCCUGCCCGCCGGAGGUCUACGCCAUUAUGCAGGGCUGCUGGCAGUGGGAUCCCCAGCAGCGCCACAGCAUCAAAGAUGUACAUGCCCGACUGCAAGCCCUGGCCCAGGCGCCACCCGUCUACCUGGACGUCCUGGGCUAG